UGACUGUCCGGCUUUCCGCUAGGAGCCGCUUCCUAUUUGCCGUCGCUCUUUCUCUCAGCACGAUGGCCUCCUUCUCCUCCGCCUCCGUGCUGCUUCUCCUAACCCUCGGGGUUGUCGCAUUGGCCGAGCCGGUUCACUUUUUGGACUGUGGCUCUACUGCUGGACAAGUUAAGGAGGUAGCAGUGUUUCCCUGCUCAGUUCAGCCCUGCAAAUUGCAAAAGGGAGUAUCCUACAUUGUCAAUGUCACCUUUGUCAGUAAUGUCUGGUCUCAGAACACCACAGCUUCAGUGCAUGGCAUUAUAUUGGGAGUCCCAGUACCUUUCCAUAUCCCUCAGCCUGAUGGGUGUAAGAGUGGUAUAAACUGUCCCAUUGAAAAAGGCAAGACCUAUAACUAUUUGAACAAACUACCAGUGAAGAAUGAAUAUCCCAGUAUCAAGUUGGUGGUGCAGUGGGAGCUCUUGGAUGACAAGUCAAAUAUCGUGUUUUGCUGGAAGAUCCCCAUAGAAAUUGUAUAAGCUGAUGAGCUACAGUCUGUCAGUGUUUGUCUCAGGAUGAGAGGGGGUGAGGGUGGGAAGUUGGGUUAUUGGGAAAGGAUGAAACCUGAAACAAGCUCAGUGCCAUAAGAAAGAUUUCCAGUGUGCUGCUCUACACAUCCAGACUCUUCCCACUGCAAGAUCAAGAACUAUGCAGCUACGCCACGUGAGCCCAGAGAGGGAAAGUUUGGACUAUCCUCAGCCUUCUCUGCAGUUGGCAUGGGGAGGCCGGAGAGGAGUCUAACCUUAGGGAAGGCUGUUUGGAGACAUCCAGGAAGUUGGCAUUGGGUCAAGGGACUUCAUUCCAAACUGGUGAUGCUGGGUGGGAUAUUAAAUCUCUUCAGUUUUUCAAUCUAA